AUGGUUUCUUACAUAUUUUUUAUUAAAAUCCCAACAGUGCUUACCAAAUAUUCGUCCAGUAGCCAAAGCUGUUCGUAUCCUAUCCACUUGCUUCUAUAUUUCUCCUGCGUUUGCUAUCCAUUUUAAUUAGGACAUUUUAAAUUGGUAUUUGAACGUCUUCUGACUGGGGACUGAUGAGGAAAAGCUCAACAUUAUGUAAAUGAUUUUUUAUUUUUUUAAAGCUCAUUCCUCCCAUAACAGAAUAUAGAUAUACAUAUGCAUAUACGUUUCACAUUUUUUAGACUCUUGAUAUUUCAUAUUUUAGAACUAAUGUAUUCCUAAAAGCAUAUUCCAAAUCUGAUGUUUGACCGACCUAACUUUCACCUGUUAUCUUCUCAACCAAGACAUAUUGAAAUCAAGGAAAUUGGUUAAAAGCGGUAACUUAUCUUACGAACUUGACAUAAAGAUAAUUGACUAGGAAAAAUGAUAGCCAGUUGAACCUCCAAGACCUUACAUGUGAGAUAAUUCGAGCUGUCUUCCUUCCAUUUCAAUGGGCUUUUGCAUGCAAUCUCCAGGAUAAAAAGCAGCAGUCAUAUGUUAUAUUAUUGACAAUGAUUUCUUGAAAGGAACGUUUAGGUUUAAACAUGUGCCACCAGGAUAAUUAUUCUUCUGUGUUUUUAUGUAGACAUACAAUUCAUUAGAAGUUCUCAAAAAGGACUCGCGAGAAAAGCUGCAGAGCUAGGAUCAUAUUAUAAAUUACAUAAUACCGGCAGUUAACUUCAUAAGCUUCAUUUUUUUUCAGUAACACAAACCUCGUGAUCUAUCAUUUGUUUGCCUCUAAUAAAAACGGAGAACUUGGUGAAUAGUGGGAACGCCAGUGGGGUUGGCAGCCUUUCACUAGCAGAGAGAAGCAAGAGAUUUCCAAGAUUAUCGGCCAAAUCAACACUGAAAGCCUCAUCAUUUCAUGAGGUGAAUGUCUGAAACUAAAACUUCGUGGGACCUAGAACUUCAUCUAGUGUAGUCUGUUUUGGUGCAUUCUCCUCUCUUUACCUUGAGUACUGAUGUGCAAGCGAUUGAUGUUUUUCCAUUUUAUUGUCAAACAGCUUGCUUUUUUCUCUCCCUGUGGAGAAAUAUGUAACAGCUACAAGGCUGAAAAGUUGUCAUAGGAACGCUGCUACAGCUAAAAAACUAUUGACAACACUAUAUAACUAGUUUUUCCAUAGACUUGUAUGCAUUCAUUUUGUUCGUUUCCAGCUCCAUUUCCAGCCAUUUGGACUUUCAUCCUGAGAUGCAUUUUGAUUAUGUAUCAUCUUCAAGAAACCUGUAUAUUAUCUUCUACAUGUUGUUGACAUUAAUGAUUAAUUUAUACGUGUUUGAUUUCGUUGUCAUCAGAAGAUGACUGAGACAAGAAAAUCAGCUUUGCUGUUGUUUUCUUAGUUCUCAUUCUAAUGCUUUUGGCUGCUUCUCAAUAUUGUCAGGCCUCAUUAUCCGAGCUCGGAGCACAUUAUCAAGUGUAUGAAGAUGCGUUCUUCAAGAAAGCAAAAGGUAUUCCUGCAUAUUUUUCUCAAAUAAAAUCUUCCCAUUUAUUCAUACCAUGUGUAGAGUACAAGACAAUCUUUGGCUUCAAAGGCUGAAUACUCUGACAUAAUCAAUUAUCUGUCUUGCACAAUGGUCAUGCCUUGGAUGCCAUAUUUUCACCUGGUAUAUUUUUUUCUGAAUCUUCUACAUUGAUACCCUCAGAUGAGCUGCUGAUUAUUCGAGAGCAACCAACUGUGGCAUGUGGAGUUGCUGUUGCUGCCGGCCUCCUCCUCAUGCGAGGUACUCAUAUUAUUUGUACCUUUGCAUCCCAUCAUGCAUAGAUGCAUGCAUACACAUGUUUGUCCUUAUUUAUGCAUUUAUUUGCAUAUGGAUGUCAACCGGGUUUAUCUGGACUAUAAGAGAAAGACAUUGCCCACCCUUAUCUUAUGACCGGCCCAAUCCUCGCAGCAUGUUGAAGCCCCAGAUAGUUCAUGUGUUUGGUUCAAAAUAGACCGUUCUGAGGUCCCUGAGGGUGAUGUGUUGUAUUAAUACUAAUCCCUUGGGAAAUUAUCAGUUCUGUAAAGAUCCACAGUCUUGUUGACGCCUCAUGCCGGUCAUACGCCCUUCUCCGAAAAAUAUAAAAAAUACAAUGUCACAGACCUCUAUGUUUGCACAACCUUUAUUUGAGUUUUUAAUUUUCAUCCUUAAAUCCGAUAUGAAGCUUAAGAAAUCAGAAUUUUGAGUGAGAUUGAAUAAAAUGGAAAUACUUAGAAUGUUCUUCAGAGAAUAGAGGUCAUUGGUGGGGAAACGAAGUGAUUCUACAGAUUUUCUUUUCCAAAAGCUAAAUUGCAACUGUGGAAUAUUUCAGCAUCAUCAUUGACGAGCCUAAUUUUAAGAUUAAACACGAUUUAAUCAUGUUUUAUAUCCUGCAAUAUCUGAGUAGCUUCGGUAGGUACCUUAUGUUUUGUAGUUCUGUCGAGUGGACUGCAUUUAAGAGAUGUCAGAUGAAUGAAUUUGAAAUUUGUGCUCCAUAAAUUUGAAGCAAAGUAGAAUAGAUGUAGGACAAUAGAAGAAAGGCUCAUAACUUUUAAAGUAGUCAAUUAUAAGUCGCUUAAGUAUCAUUCAUGGGCAAUGUUUUGCAAGAAGGUAUCAAAUAUUCCUUAGGCAUGAAAUACUUCUCUGUAUGAGGAAAAUAAGGAGGAAAGAGGAGAAAAUGAAGCUUGCUACUUCCAGAUUCGAGUGCUACUUCAUCUGUUGUGGCUUGUAUAGGCCGCAUUUUAUUUUUGAUAAAUGGUGGUAUUAAGCGACCAUCAUGAGAAAUUGAAAAGCAGUUAUCCCAGAAAAUUAUCCUCUGCUCAAGUGUACAUUAAUCUUCCUUGAAAAAAGAACACCAACUAAAAGCCAAAACCUUACAAAAUUCGCAGACAUGCAAUUCUGUACAAAAAUCCUUGUCACACACGUUAAGAAAAGAGCCUGACAUAUUUUGUCCUCAAACUUACCACAUGUUCUCCUUAAGUCCUUGCUUUUACCGAAGAAAGGUUUCCUGCCUUGCUUCUGUUCUGAUGGUUUCCCAUCUAACACCGUUUGAAUCCUAAUUUUUCGUCAUGUUCUUCAUGUUGAAUGUGACAACCGUAGCCAGCUCCUCUUUUUUCCCCCUAUAGAUGAUGGCUUCUCUAUUUCAUCCGCCAGGCUGGUUGAAGCAGAUCUGCUUUUCAGGAUGCUUCCAUGCCUCACAAAUAUCAUACGAUUAGUAAAUAAUGUGAUAAUUAAUGGUCUACAGACUUUAAAGAUUUGUAAAUUCUUUACAUAUAUCUAGAAUCAAAGAUACUCCGAAAACGAUUAUAAUAACACGGAUUAAAUGACUUCCGUGAAAAGCUUCAAAAUCAAGGCAUCUACAUUUUUAUAUUUUUCUUUUACUCUUUUAGAUUUGGAUCAACUAUGACAUUGCAGAGAAUGUCUUUGGAAAUAUCCAAACUCUUAAAUAUUGGAUGUACUUGAAACAUCCUAUUAUCUGAAGCAUGCCUUUAUUGUGAGAACUUGCUCCUUUUGUCAUCUUCCCUUCUCUUCUUAGCUUCCAUCAGUUUGUGGACGACUAUCCAACAUCCAACCUCUUUAUGCUUGCAGGUCCUAGAAGAUUUUUAUUCCGUCAAACAUUAGGUCGCUUGCAAGAUCAGGAGGUAGUACUUAUCGUUUCACGGUACACUGAAGAUGCUUUCCAAUUUAGUUUUAUAUGACGUUUUGAUGAUGAAAUUUAUUGGUUCUAUUUCAUCUAUUAUUUACUGCAAGGAAAAUGCACUUGGAUUUCUCUGUAAAAUUAUGUAUAUUUAGUAAUGCCCACUUUUCUAUACAGAAAGAGCGAAUGUUCUUGAGUUUUUUGAUAUUAAUGUGUCGAUGAAACAAUGCAUUAAAAAAAAAAGAACAUUUGCUAGAUUAGGAAACUAGAAAGUGUUUGAAUUCUUAAAAGAAACUAUCUUAAGAAAUUCUUUUUUUUUUUAAACAUUGAUUUUUGGUGAAUCCUGUUAAUUUUUCUCUUUCAAAUGAACCCUACAGAAACGUUCAACAUCAUAUCUCUGCCUAGACAGUUGUUGGCUUUUACCUUUGCAUUCUUAUCCAUUAUAAUCCGGAGUCUGCGACCAAAGGAUUCUCACCUAUUGGCUGUAAUUUUUCACUAAGCAUGUUCGGAACUCAUGCAUUCGAAUCAAAUGCCAAAUGAUCUCGUUGCAUAGGAAAAGAUUUCUGAAGACAUUUUGACAUACAAUCGCCAUAUUUUUUUUCUAACCGUCCAGACCUUCAUUUUCUGUUACCUAAUCUUUAAGCUGUAACCCUUGAGUAACCCACCUGAUUUCUUGUCUACUUCUGCUUAUCAUCAAUAGCAAGGUUCACCUACUUACUUUCGUAUUCAUCCUUUAAUGGUGAAAUAAUUUUAAUACCAAUAAUGGUAAUUUGAGUCAGAGGCUGACCAUACCAAUUUGGUUAUGUUGAACACACUUGGACUGACGUGUUGGAAUAUGGACUCUGAUCUCUGCAUGGGUGAGCUUAUCUGCAAAAAGAAAAAAAAAGUAUGCGUUCAUCUGUGCCUCUCAUUUCUCUCUCUCUCUCUCUCUCUAUGGUCUUCUCUGGAGAGGCCAUAGUUGGUCGUUACUCAUUUCAUUCAAAAAAAAUAAUCUUAAUAACCUUUAAUUAUAUGUACAUAGUUAUAUAACCAACACUAUGUAGAUCAAGACUUGAUAACCCAAGAAGCUUGGGGACGAACACUGAAUCCUUGUCAUUAUUCAUCUGAUAGAGGAACAACAAAUGAAUCGCUCACAUUUUUCUGCAAGUUUUCAUCAAAUUCUCUCGUUUAAUGCAUGAUAGCCGUGGGCUGCUACCGCAUGUUAUCUCACCAGAGAUGAUUUGCAGGCGGUUUUUGCCAAAGCCGUGAGCAACGCAAAGGAACUGGAGCAAGCCGUGGGAUCAGUGAAGCUGGAGACGAAGAAAUUGCUUGAAAGGGCGUCCUUCGCCGAACAAGAAAUCCAGACCGGCCGGACCAAGCUCAAGUUCUCUACCCUCUCUCUCUCUCUCUCUCUCUCUCUCUACCAUCCUCAGUGGCUGAGCACCCCCAGAUUUGUCUCAAAUCAUUGCCUGCAGGGACACAGGCCGCCAGAUCCAGAGCCUUGUGAGGCACAUCAAUAGGAUCGAAUCCGACGUUACAGGUUCCAUUUCUCCUUUGAUCUUCGGCAUUAAAUUCAUCAUCUUCUUCUGAUAUAAUUGUUAAUUAAUGGAAUACUUUUAUCCCUCUGAAACCGCAGAUUUCAUGGAUGAGCUGAGGGAGAUCCCCGACGGUGAAGCAUUGAAGCUUCGCAAGGAGGUACCAACCCAACCCAACCCAAGAGUCAUCAUCGCUCUCUCUCUCUCUCUACUCACCUUCCAUCUUUCCUGAAAUGGAUAAUCAUAAGUCCUCUGGUCUCUGUAGGUAGCAUCUAUGAUGGCGCUCGCCAGGCGACAGAAGGCUGAGCUGGACAAGGAGAUCACGGAGAUCUCCGAGCUGGGCAUUCGAGUUUGA